GCCCCCGCCCCCGCGCUGGGCUCGGAGGCUGAGGGCUCCGGGUCCGGAGGCUUCCAGGAGCGAGGAGGAGGACAGCUGGGGUGUCGCUCCAGGGUCGGGGGACAAUCCGGGUCGAGCGAUGACUUUUCAGGGGUGGGGGUGGCGGAGGGAAGACCCCUCUCAGGGUUUGGCGUGGGUACCCGGCCCAGAGGGCGAGAGAGGAGCAGCGGUGCCGUGCAAGACCCUGGCUACAAAAGACCCCACAGCUGUAGAGAGAGCAAACUUGCUAAACAUGGCUAAACUGAGCAUCAAGGGACUCAUUGAAUCUGCCCUGAGCUUCGGCCGCACGUUGGACUCGGACUAUCCGCCCUUGCAGCAGUUCUUUGUUGUCAUGGAGCACUGUCUGAAACACGGCCUCAAAGUAAGAAAAUCUUUUUUGAGUUACAACAAAACCAUCUGGGGCCCUUUAGAACUGGUGGAAAAGUUGUACCCAGAAGCAGAGGAAAUAGGAGCCAGUGUCCGGGAUUUACCAGGUCUUAAGACCCCACUGGGCCGUGCACGGGCCUGGCUGCGGCUGGCGCUCAUGCAGAAGAAGAUGGCCGACUACCUGCGCUGCUUGAUCAUUCAGCGGGAUCUCCUGAGGUCAGCGCCUAAGCCCCGCUCGUUUCCAUGCUUUAUUUUAUUAAGUCGUGUCUUCACAAAGGGGUUGGAGAGUGAGUUCUAUGAGUAUCAUGCCCUGAUGAUGGAAGAGGAGGGAGCCGUGAUCGUCGGGCUGCUAGUUGGCCUGAAUGUGAUCGAUGCCAAUCUGUGUGUGAAGGGAGAGGAUUUAGAUUCCCAAGUUGGAGUGAUUGAUUUUUCCAUGUAUUUAAAGGAUGAAGAAGAUAUUGGAAACAAAGAAAGAAAUAUUCAGAUUGCUGCCAUCUUGGACCAGAAGAAUUAUGUUGAAGAAUUAAAUAGACAGCUCAACAGCACGGUCAGCAGCCUGCAUACAAGAGUUGACUCGUUAGAAAAGUCAAACACUAAGCUGAUUGAAGAGUUAGCAAUAGCAAAGAAUAACAUCAUUAAGCUCCAAGAAGAAAACCAUCAAUUACGAAGUGAAAAUAAGCUGAUUUUAAUGAAAACACAGCAGCACCUGGAGGUCACCAAAGUGGACGUGGAGACUGAGCUGCAGACAUACAAGCACUCUCGGCAGGGGCUGGACGAGAUGUACAACGAUGCCCUGCGGCAGCUUCGAGAUGAGUCCCAGUUACGGCAGGAGGUGGAGAAUGAGCUGUCUGUACAAGUCAGUAUGAAGCAUGAGAUCGAGCUUGCCAUGAAGCUGCUGGAGAAAGAUAUCCAUGAAAAACAAGACACUCUGAUAGGCCUUCGCCAACAGCUAGAGGAAGUCAAAGCCAUCAACAUAGAGAUGUAUCAAAAGCUCCAGGGCUCUGAAGAUGGCUUGAAAGAAAAAAAUGAAAUAAUCGCCCGACUAGAAGAAAAAACCAAUAAAAUUACUACAGCCAUGAAACAGCUGGAACAAAGAUUGCAGCAAGCAGAGAAGGCGCAAACAGAAGCGGAAGGCGAGGAUGAGAAGUAUUUGCAGGAGUGUCUCAGCAAGUCGGCCAGCCUGCAGCAGCGCAUCAUGCAGAAGGAGAGGCAGCUGGUGCAGCUGGAAACCGACCUUAAGAUUGAGAAGGAGUGGAGGCAGACACUUCAGGAAGACCUUCAAAAGGAGAAGGACGCCUUAUUUCAGCUCCGAAACGAGACCCAACAGAUCAUCAGUCUUAAAAAAGAGUUCCUUAAUCUCCAGGAUGAAAAUCAGCAGUUGAAAAAAAUAUAUCAUGAACAAGAACAAGCUCUUCAAGAACUCGGCAACAAACUUAGCGAAUCCAAACUUAAAAUAGAAGAUAUAAAAGAAGCUAACAAAGCCUUGCAAGGACUGGUUUGGCUGAAGGAUAAAGAAGCAACACAUUGUAAGCUUUGUGAAAAGGAAUUUUCACUCUCUAAGAGAAAGCACCACUGUAGGAACUGUGGGGAAAUCUUCUGUAACGCCUGCUCUGACAAUGAACUGCCUUUGCCUUCCUCACCAAAGCCAGUGCGGGUCUGUGACUCCUGCCAUGCGCUGCUCAUUCAGAGCUGCUCGUCCAGCCUGCCCUGAGUGGAGCUGGCCCUGCACCUCUAGAGCUCCUGCCAUCGAGGUCAUCUGACCACUUGGACUCAUCAUGCAGACAGCCCUUCCUCAGCAGCUGAGGCGGCGUUUGUACCAUGCAUCUCUGUAAACUCACAGCACCAAGAAACAGGCUGACUUGUUACUAACUUGCCCACUGCUACCAGGAGUCCCCUACAGCAUGUUGAGAUGACUUUGUGUAAUUAUUACAUGGGAUAACCUCAUAACCCUAAGCACCACAAGGCCCUGCACACUCUUGCCUUAUGUUGCCGAGGCCUUCUUACAGUAAGGCUACAGAUUGUUCAUUCCUGUCCGGUUGGCAUUUGAUGGUGCCUGAAAUUCUCCUACUGCACUUUAAAGCUUUGCAACUAUGAAAGACUGGAAACACACACUUUUAACAAGUAUUAACAUUGCAAUUCCACAGAUUGGUUAUUCUGGUAAGAUUCCAAUUUGUUUAUUUGCUUCUCUUCCCCUUUUCUCUUUUGCAAUAACAGAAAAGGCUAGAAUUUUAUACUACAGAAUUUCCUUUGGCCUUUUCUAAAAUCAGUCACUAUUGUGCUUGCUGAUACCUUUUUUUUUUUACCUUAAGUCAGUUGCAGAUCUUCCCAUAUGCUGACUUUUAAUGGAAAGGGGGUACAUAAACCUGUGGGGGGGGGCCUUGACAGCAGGGAAUGACAGGUUUAUAUUCCCUAGUAAACACCUAUUCCCUGGCACACACCUGUAAUCCCAGCAUUCAGGAGGAUCACAAUUUUGAGCCGAGCUUGGGCAACAGUUAAUGAGACCCUAUUUCAAAAACAAAAACAACAAAAAAUAUGUAAGAAAUAAAAACAAAAGGACUGGGGAUGGAGCUCAGUGUGAAGGCCCUGGGUUCAACCUCUUGUACUGGGGGGCGGGGGGGAUACUCUUCUCUAUAAGCAUUUAAAACAAGGAAAAAACUGAAAUGUUUCCCUUGGCAUGACACGGGAUGGCAGCUAACAGAUGUUAAUUACACUGUUAAGAAGCAUUACUGAGAUGAUCUGCUGCAGAAGUCCAAGUCCCACAUCCACAGUAGUUCCAUCUGGCAGGCACCUCUGCUCAUCAGGGUGUUGGGUAGAUGCUGUGCUUUCUGUCCUACCACAAAAUAGACAACCUAUUUCAGGUUGAUUCAGUGAACACUAAGUUAUAUUGCCUAUAGCACUAGAAUCCAAUCUGUAAUCACUAUUACCCUGUAUGAUCACUUAAACAUUACCAUUCAGGGUUUUAUUUUUAGCCAUGCCCUUUAACUUUGUGAACCUUCUAAAAAUAUCCUACAGAAAUUACGCAUUUCUAAGUGCUAUACUCAGUAAUAAUUAAUGUGUCCCUGCCCCCUAAGUAUUUAUUCUGCAGACUUUCUUCCUCAUGAGUAUAUACACUGAGAUUUAAAAUUACUUAACUUUCUAAAUUGCCAAAGUAUAAAAUCACCAUUUUACUUAAAGAUCUAUUUUUUCCAGAACGCAUACAUUUUCAGUUUUUAAGGUCAACUUAAGGUAUAUCUGACUUCAGUUUCUAGAUGGUCUUUCUUGAAUACUCACAGAUGUCAAGAGAUAAUUAUAUUCUUGAACCCUUUUGUAUCAAUGGAAUAGAUUAACAUUUUUAUGAUCCUUGAAAACUGUGUAAAUGAAAUUUUCAAAUAGGUGUUAUGUAUUUCAAACAAAUUUUAAAAUGUUUAAAUUCCAAUUUACUUCAUUUAACAUGUAAACCAUGAUUAUGUAGUUAUGCUUUUUUUUUUUUCUUUUUUGGUACCGGAGAUUGAACUCAGGUCCUUGCACUUGCGCAGCAGGUGGUGAAACCAGAGCUAAAUCCCUGGCCCUUUUUUUUUUUAGACAGGGUCUCACUAAGUUCCUAAGUUGCCCAUGCUGGGCAUGUGUGAUCUUUCUGCCUCGGCCUCCCAGAAUCCUGGGAUUACAGGUGUGUACCACCACACCAGGCCUGUAUUUUUUUGGUCAGCUUUUCUGGCUUAAGAGCCAGAUACUAAUAUAGACUUUUCUGCUUAAAAAACAUUUUAUAGCCAGGAAUGGAGGCAUAAGCCUGUAAUCCCAGCACUCUGGGAGGCUGAGGCAAGAGGGUCACAACUGGGGGCCGGGGAUUUAGCUCAGUGGUUCCACUGCCUGCAAGGACCCAAGUUCGAUCCCUGGUACCAAAAAAAAAAGAGUGUCACAAGUUCAAGUGACACUCUUGCCAACCUGUCUAAAAAACAAACCACCAAAAAGCAGCUGUUGAAUGUAGUUCAGUGUGAGUCUUCUAAAUUCAAUUCCCCAGGCCCACAAAAGGAAAAAAUAAAAACAAAAAUAACAACUUUCAUAAUUCUUAUUUUGUGGUUAUGGACCAAGCACCACUAUUACUUUUAAUGAUAAAUGUAUAUACCGUUCCCUUUAUCUAGCCAGUACUACUACAAUGACACUGUCAUGGUGCCAAUGAAUUACAAAUUCCUUUAUCUUGUAAUGUUUUAAAAAUGUGAAUUUUAUAAAUAAGUAAAAAUUUGAAAAAUUA